GAGGCUCCCCGGGUCGCCCUUUCCCUGGGCGGACAUUCCAGAAAGUGACACGUUCGCAGCAACACCAGCAGCAGCAGCAGCUGCGGAAACCCAGGCACCAUUCAACUCAUGGCAGAUGCAGCACUCGCCGUACAUCGACCACCCCGAGGCCCUCUGGUUCUGGGAGCACCUGCUCGCCAGCCGCCACCGCACCAUCGACCCGCGGGAAGCUGACUUCUUCUACGUGCCUCUGCUCAUUCGCAACCGAGACAGUGGCAAGCAACGCCUCAUCACAGAGACCAUCUCCUUCAUCCGCUCGCUGGGUCCCUUCUGGGACGCCAAGGGCGGGGCGGACCACAUCUUCCUGGUGAGUGAGGAGUGCGGCAAGUGCGCCCUGCAGCUGCACGGGCUCGAGGACCCGCGGCUAGCGUCCGCAAUCACCCUCACUCCCUGGGGGUACACUCGGAACAUGCUCGGAACGGCGGAGGGCGGACCUUGCUUCCGGCCCGGGCAGGACAUUGUGAUUCCGCCCUCGGCGCAUCUGAGGUUCCUGCAGAAUGCGAGUAUGUACCUGCUGUUUGUGAGAGGGCUGAAUGUGAGCGAUGGCGGCAGCGGGUGGGACGAGGAGACACACCAGCAGGAGCAGGGGGGGGAACAGCAGAGAGACAAGAAGCAGCAGGGGGAGGGGGAGCAGCAGGUGCAGGCAUUGAGGAAGGAGCAAGGGGAGCCGCCGUUCAGCUUUGGCGUGCGGCAGCGGGUGUUUGAGCUGUAUGAGGGGCGGGACGCUGAGACGGGCUUUAAGGUGGAGGUGGUACCGGAGGGCGGUGAGGAGCUGGCGUAUGGCGGCAUGGAGCAGAGCGUGUUCUGCCUCGCCACCGCCGGCCAUGGCUGGCAUGCAUCCCUGGCAAUGGCUGUCAUCGCGGGCUGUGUGCCCAUCGUUAUUCAGCCGGAUGUGCUACUUCCCUUUGAAGGAGAUGGAGUGGACUGGAGUCUUGUCUCAUACCGCCUUAACAUUCACGACAUCCCUCAGCUUCACGAACGGCUUCAGGCAAUUCCGCCAGAAGACAUCGAACUCAAGCAGAAGCGCCUGCGACAGCUAUGGCCGCUGUUCAUCUGGUCAGCUCCGCAGUUCAAUCCAGUGGAUUUUCUACCCGAAGGGGCUCAGAUGCAGUUUCGUCAACUGCGCGGUCUUCCAGAAAUGGCCGGCCUACUAUCCUCAUCCAUGCAGGGAACACUCCUGAAGCUGCCUGCAGCAACUCGCAUUACCGCUCCCCCAUCUCGCUCGCUCACCGCUGUAGCCGCUCACACCGGCGCAUUUCCCUCGAGGAGACAGACGGCAUCCGGCAGAAGACCGUUGUCGACGCCGCUGCGCGCUUCGGAGCUGACGGCGAUCGACACGUUUACGUCGGAACUGGACGAGCUGGAGGGAAUGGUUGACGGAGAGUACGAGGAGGUACCGGUUCACACGGUGACGGUGCACGACCGAGAACGAGGAGUCACGUAUACGGUCGACGUGCCUCAGGAUCAAUACAUUCUUCAAACCGCGGAGGAGGAAGGCAUCAAGCUGCCUUUCGCAUGCCGACAUGGCUGCUGCACAGCCUGCGCUGUCCGGGUGAUUUCUGGCGAGCUGGUUCAACCACGUGCGCUUGGCAUCUCACAAGAGCUCAAGGAGAAGGGUUACGCUCUGCUGUGUGUGGGGAUCCCCCUCUCUGACCUUGAAGUGGAGACACAGGACGAGGAUGAAGUGUACUGGCAGCAGUUUGGCAAGUACUUUGCAAGAGACGCGGAUUCGAAAGAAGGUUCUUCUCAACAAAAGUUCGCGGAAGGGCCCCUCUUGAGAAAUGCGAUCAUAGUGGGCGGCGGGAUUGCCGGUCUGACGGCAGCCAUUGCUCUCCGCCGGCAGGGAGUUGACGUCCAGGUGUAUGAGAAGGCGGAGGGGCGUGAUCCCGAGAGGGUGGGGCGCAUGGUGGGGAUUCAGCCCAACGGGCUGGCCGCGCUGCGAUGCAUCGACCCUGCCAUAGCUGAUGCUUUCCCAUCGCAGGGCGUGCAUGUGCCCAGCCUGUGGCAGCUGGCCCCGUCAGGCGAGGUGCUGCUGGAGGCCUUGGCACCGGCUGAUGGCCGCAUCGGCAUCCGCUGGGGGCUCGCCCUCGAGGUGCUGCAGCGCUUCCUGCCUGCAUCAAUCGUGCACCAGGGCUGCGAGUUCACGGGGCAUGUGGAGCAGGCCAAUGGUCGUGUGACGGCCCACUUCAUGCGCCAGGGGCAGCCAUUCAGUGCAGAGGCGGAUCUUCUGAUUGGCACGGACGGGGUUCGGUCUCUGGUGAGGCAGCAUGUGUUGAGGGAGGGCGAGGAGAGGGAGCGGUGGGGCCCGCCGCGCGAUAACGGCCGCACCAUGUGGCUCGGCGCUGCUCCCCGCGAGACUGUCAGCUUCGAGCACUCCCGCCCUUACCGCACGUGCUUCACCAGGGGCAGCGGGAGGACGGCAGCAGUGGGGGACCUCGGUGGGGCGGAGAUUUUUGUCCUGUUUGUGUGUGCGGACGAGCAGGGGAGGGGGCUGACAGAGAAGCGGUCAGCGGAUGGGGAGGAGGUGCGGGGGAAGAUCAGGGCGCUGUUCGCAGACUGGCCUGCAUACCGAGAUGUCAUUGAGGCCAUUCCCCCGGACAUGUUUCUGGAGCGCCGGGUGCUGGACGUGCCUCCUCUGCCCCGCUGGCGCAACGGGCGCAUCCUCGUCAUCGGAGAUGCAGCGCAUGCAGUGCCACCCACGCUGGGCCAGGGCAGCAGUCUGGCAGUAGAGGAUGCAUUGGAGCUCGCACGGCAAGUGGUGGCCGACCAUCCCUCCCUUGAGGCCGCACUUGAUGCAUUUGAAGCAGAGCGGGCGCUGCGGGUGGCGUGGGUGGCAGAGGCGAGUGUGGCAGUAGCCGGGCAGGCAUACAAGGGAGAGAGAGACCCCAAUGCCCCUGCAGAAGGGACUGUAAAUCCCGAUGCUUCUCUCAGCCGUGUGGCUCUGCUGUUUCUCCUUCCGCUUUGUGCCCAUGCGGACUUGACGGUCACAGAUGGCGUCGUAGCAAAGUCCGCCGGGACGAUGGGAGCCACCACACGGCCGAGCAGCGUCUCUGAAGUAGCCCAAGCAAAACUUCGCGGACGCCGCUUGGGUGACCAUCACCAUCACCACGACGACGACGACGAUGACGACUUAGACUGCAAGGACGACGACAAGGACGACGACAACAACAACAACAACAACUACAAUAACAAUUACAACAACAAGUACGGCGGCAGCAACAAUUACAACAAGUACGGCGACAACAACAAUUACAACAAGAACGGCGACAACAACAAUUACAACAGCAAGUACGGCGACAACAACAACGGCAACAACAAUUACAACGGCAACAACAACUACAACGACAACAACAAUUACAACGGCAACAACAACUACGACAACAAUUACAACAAGUAUAGCGGCAAUCACGGCGACAAUAAGUACAGCGGCAAUCACGGCGACAACUACGACAGCAAGUACGAGAAGAUGAGCUGCUCCGAGAAGUACAAGAUGCGGUCCGAUAAGUGCAGCUACAAGCGCGAUCAGUGCGGUGGGGGGGAGUACUGCGACACGACGAACGACUCGUGCGAGAGGAGGGCGUACAUGCUGUACGAGAAGUGCAAGCGCGGCAAGUGGACUUGCGAGAACUGGUGUGACUACAGCAGGCUCAAGUGCGUGGAGGACUACCACAAGAGCAGCAGCGAGUGCCAGGAUCGCGUCGAGUAUUGCUACGACAAGUGCAAGGGCGACGACAACUAUCACAAGGAUUAUAACCACACUGCUGUCAUGGAAGGGAAGAAGUUCGUUGCGUUCCUGUGCAUGGUUACCGUAUGUCUCCUCGUCCUCCUUCCACUUACGGUUCGUGCGGAUGUGGCGGGUUCGACGACACUGGCGACGACCCAAAAGCCAAUCGAAGCCGCUGAAGAGUCCAAGACGAUGUUCCGGCGACGACUGAGCAGCGACGACGACGACGACGACGACGAUGACGAUCUUGGUUGCGAAGACGACGACGACCGCUCGCCGCCCAAGCCCAGCCCGUCGCCGCCGCCGCCGCCGCCGCCGCCCAAGAAGGAGAAGAAGCAGCUGACGUGUCUGGAAAAGUACAGGCUGCGGUCCGAUAAGUGCAACUUCAAGCACGAGUGGUGCAAGCGGGAGGCGGAGGACGACGACGAGAAGGCAAUUUGCGACGUCGCCGACGACUCGUGCGAAAGGAAGGCGUACAUGCUGUAUAAGAAGUGCAAGUACGGCAAGUGGACGUGCAAGGACUGGUGUGCGUAUAACAAGAUGCGCUGUAUGGAGGAUGAUCGGUUGAGCGCGACGACUUGCAAGAAGCGCGCCGAUUACUGCUAUGAGAAGUGCAACCCAAAGCCGAUUCAGAAGGACGACGAUCAUCAUGACGAUGACGACGACAACUAG